AUGAAGGGCAACUACCUAUAUGAAAGAAGCCCCCCCGGUAAUUGGAACACCAACGCCCAGACGAUCAAUAGGAGAAAAUUUAAUUUAAAAAAUGGGAGGAAUAAUGAGAUGUACAAUUAUAACCCAGGGAUGAACAAAUUCUCGGGGCCCCAUGUUAACCCUUUAAAUGAUAAAAAAAGGGGUGGUUACCUGAAUGAGGAGGAAGAAGACACCAAAGUUAAAAUUCCUCAGAAGAAUAUGGCCUCUUACCAUUACGUAGACCACGGGUACUACAACAUGGGAAAUGCCACCAACGUGUCAUAUGGAAAGCCGAGUUACUACAGUCAGGCAUACAUAAAGUUUCCAACCGGGAAGGGUACUGGCACUACCUACGGCAGCAGCGGCUAUGGAAGUUACGGCUAUCCUGGAUAUGGGAACUACGGCAACCAUGGGGGUCACAACUAUGGGUACCAUGAGGUAAACGGUGGUUACGACUACAGCAGUUACAAUUACGGCGGUUAUGACAACUACGAGGGGCACGCUAAUUUUAGCAGCCAGUACGACUGUUAUGAUAAUUAUAAUGGGUAUGGUACGAACAGCUACAGUGGUUACUACGGUAGUGGGUAUAACAACUAUGGUAGCUACAACAACCACGGAAACCACCACAUGUGGAAUAGUAACAACGCCAGCACGCACGAAUCGCACAAUCACGUUGACAGCAAUUAUGGUCACCAUAGUUACGGUACCCCUGAAAGUGCCCACCAGCCUAACUACGAAUAUGGGGCAGCCAAGUACCACCAUUAUGAGGCGCCCCCACUACCCCACAAGGGAAACGAGGCACACGUAAAGUUCAACGAGCUCAUUAGCGAUGUGUAUUAUAAGUCAUCCUAUUACCUAAAAAGAAACAGAAAGUACAUGCAGAAACUUCUAAAGUCCAACUGUGUGAUCAAUAUAUAUCUGGUGAGACACAUGGAAGCUAAGCAUAACAGAGCAGUUCUGGACAGCGAGGAUAAGGUGAGGGACCUAAUUUAUAAGGACAUGAAGUAUGUGGACUGCGGGGCCAGUGAGCAAGGCAAACAGAUGUGCGAGAAUUUGAAAAAGGACGGAAACAACAGGCUGUACCAGAAAGUUAUGAAGUUGUAUAACGAGUCUUUGCAGAAGGUGGAUUUGGCUGCCCCGUCCGGCGUUGACAGGAACGGUGGUGAUAAGAGCGGUACUACCCCUGGCACCCCCGCUGAUAGUGCUAAGAAGGGCAUCCUCGAACGGAACAGCGAUUUCAUCAUUAUAAGCUCCCCCCUGAGAAGGUGCCUGGAAACCAUGAAGUACUACUUUAACUUUAAAAAGAACAUUCUUGUCUACGAGUCCGUUCGCGAAAUGGCGGGAAACUACUCCAGCGACCAAAGGUCCAAGACGUCCGACGUAAGGAAGUUCUGUGAACAGAAUUUCGAGGACUAUGAGGUGGUCUGCUUUGGCGAGAAUGACAUUUUUUUUGGAGACAAAUUUAGGGAGUCGUCCGACCAGGUGUACUGUAGAUGUUUGCAGUUUUUGAAAAUGGCCCACGCGUUGGCUGUGAAUUAUUUUGCCGCUGUGGAGAGGGAUAACGAUGAAGAAGAUGGCACGGACGUGACGGAAGUGCCUGCGGGGAGCCAUGUAGAGAAGGACCUCUGCAUCAGCAUGGAUGGAGAGACUGCAGAGGUGGUGGAAAAAUCGGGUGAAGAGGGGAAAAUCAAGCGGGAAGACGACGUGCGGCGGGACAGUCAGGGGGAUCUAACAGGGGAGGUGUCCAUCUCAGAGGAGUCCACGUGUAAGGAGAACGACCAGGGGGGAGAAGCAGUCCACGUAGUAGACGCAGAUGAGAAGAAGAACCCAACGAACGAGAAGCAAUCCACGGGGAAGAAAAAAAAACGAGUGUACAACAUCGUGCUGGUUUCGCACAGUUCGUUUAUUUUGCACUUUUUGGCUUUGCUGGAUUACUUCGACUUGGGUCCGAGAAACUUUAACAACUGCGAGAUUAGGAAGGUGACGAUCCCCUUGUCGAAUACGUUCCUCUUUUUUAACAAUGUGGUGAACAUGCAGCUAGCCAAGCCCCUGUGCAGUAACAAUUUUCCCAUAACAUUUAGGAAUAAGAGCAAAGUUCUAAAGAAGGCAUUUAAGGACAAAAAUAUCUACACCCUUAGUAGUUACAACGACUUCGAUGAACUGACCUGCCAACACCCAUGCACGGUGGUCAUCUAUCAGUAUGCCUCCCUGGUGAAGGAGGAGAAAUAUGUGAAGUACCUGGAGAAGGUACAAAAUUUCAUUGACCUUGCGAAUAAGGAGCAUGAACAAGAAGAAAAGUUUUUCUCCAAUGGGAUGUAUAAGAAUUACGUGAAGGAGAAAAAGGACGACAUGGGUAGGAGUAUCCUCGUAACAGAUGCUAGUAAGCACAUACUUUACGUGGAAGAGAAAAAUGCGUGGGAAGUUAACAAGAAGGGUUUUUUUGUGGGUCAAAAUGUGGUCAUCAUAGUUUUACCCCAUGUAGAACCCACUGCAGGGGCUAACAACGCUAGCAAGAGUAAAGAACCCAAUGAGAAGUCCAUCCACCUGGAUAAUGUGCUGCAGGUUGUGGAUAAUUAUAGUCAUGUGCAGGAUUUAAUAAAGUCGAAGGAGUUUUGGAAGGUGGUAAAGGAGAACAUUAGUAACAUAGACCUGAAUACAUUCCAGGAAUACCUCAUCGGGAAGUACACGAAAAGUGUUAAAUCGGACGAGGCGGACAAUGUUUGCUAUUUGGAUUUGUGUAACUGUUUGGAAAGUAAGACCUUUAUGGAAAAGUUCCAAGACAGAUGUAAUGGGUACUUGAAGCGUCUAAAAGAACGGUACGACGCUUUUGCGUAUGUGGAUCUGGAGCAGGAGUGCAGAUACAUUAAUGAGAACUUACUGGUGGAUAUGUUCCCGAGGGAAUAUGUCACGGGUACAAGUGGCCUGCAUCCCCGAAGUGGGAACCGCGCUGGUGAUUGGACAGACAACAAGGAGGACUCUACACUGGACGAACACAUAAUAGUUAGGAGGAAGUUUAUGUGCAUUCCAAGAAGAGCAGCAGCCACAGCGAAGGUUGCUGCGGAGGCGCUAUUUGGUCACUUCAGUCAAGGAACAACGGGGGCAGCCACCUCAGCGGGGGGGGAUACCCUCGUAUCGAGUAAGAACUUCCUGCAGGAGAAUAUUAACACGCUUAAGUCCUUCCCACAGUCCAUACAAAACCUGAACGUUGAAAUGUUUUAUAGGGAUCACUUCUUUUACUUUCAUUGCCUGCAUCGAUUUAUAAAAAGCAAGAACAAAGUUGAGGGACUCAUCAUAUCGAAGCUGCUAACCUUCCUCGACCUGUUAAGAGCCUUCGACGUCAAUGCAUCGAAUAAAAUUUUUCAAAAAUUAGCCAAAUUGGAGGGCCUCAUCGAAAAUAACACAAGUUUAGACGAGGAGGACAGACUGGUCAACACGUACUCCUGUGAUAAGAAGUGCGCCCAGGUGAACAACACCUCCUACUAUGACGAAUCGGCCAGGAAGUACAAAUUGAUCCAGACGUUACGAGGAAGGAAGAAAAAAGUUGUGGACGACCUGAACUACAUGCGUUACAAUCUUCUCACCGUUGCCGGAGGAGCAGAGAACGUUUUCAUUUUGAACGUCCUCAAGUAG